UCGUUGAAGUUCUUAAAUGUUGGAGAAAUUUAAAUGAAAAUAGUAAAAAUAAUAUUUCCUUUUCUCUAGCUGGGAAUAAAAUCCAAUUCUCUUUGUUUGUAGAAGUGGUGAUCUGUUACUACGGGACAUGGGCUACAUACAGGCCAGGUUUGGGAAAAUUUGAUGUGGUCAAUGUAGAUCCAUUUCUGUGCACACAUCUUAUGUACGCGUUCGCGGGUAUCAACACGCAGGGAAUAGUUGUUUCCCUUGAUCCACAUCUUGACUUUCCUGAAAACAAAGAUAACUUCAGAAAAUUCAAUGAUUUGAAAAAGAAGAAUCCCAAACUUAAAACCCUUUUGGCCGUCGGAGGUUGGAACGAAGGUUCUUCAAAAUAUUCUAUUAUGGCGGCUAGUCCUGUUUUACGAAAGAAUUUUGUCCAGAGUGCUCUCAAAACAAUUUUGGAUUAUGGUUUUGAUGGUUUGGAUAUAGAUUGGGAGUAUCCCAAUAGACGUGAUACAGUUCAUGGUAAAGCAGAUGUAGAUCAUUUCACAAAACUACUAAAGGAAAUAAAAGAAGAAUUUCUAAAAUACAGUUUAAUAUUAACCGCUGCUGUGUCUGCACAUAAAAAAACGGCGUCACUAUCUUACGAUGUACAAUCUAUAUCAAAACACUUGGACUACAUAAAUUUGAUGACAUAUGACAUGUAUGGAGCUUGGGAUCCACUCACUGGUCAUAAUGCACCACUGCAUAAAGGAGAAGGCGAUAAUGGUGUUGAUAGAGACGCUUUAUUUACUGUCGAUGUAGCUGUGGAAUAUUGGUUAAAAUCAGGGUGCCCACCGGAGAAACUAGUUCUCGGUGUACCUUUCUAUGGUCGCACAUUCACAUUGAAAUCCACCAAUCAUAAUGGUGUUAGAGCUCCUGUUACCGGCGCUGGUAUCAAUGGCCCUUUUACUGUCACCUCUGGCUUUAUUGGGUAUAAUGAGUUUUGCAGCAAACUUCAUACAGAAUCCUGGACUAGACGAAGAGAUAACUUGGCGAAAGUACCAUAUGCUUUUAGAGACCUUCAUUGGGUAUCAUACGAUGACCCUCAAUCCAUAAUAGAUAAAGUAGAAUAUGCAUAUAAUCUCAAUUUAGCUGGCAUUAUGAUCUGGAGUAUUGAGACAGAUGACUUCAAUGAUAUCUGUGGUAGAGGGAAAUUCCCACUUCUAACUGCUAUAAAUGACGCUAUGUAUAGAUACACCGGUGUUUCUACGACGACUCCUUCAAGUAAACCAACAAACUACCCUGAGACGACAAGCGCAAGUACAACUCUAGCAUUAACUACUACCACUACUGGUAAAUGUUUAUGAUUUCAUUAUUUUGAAUUUGUUAAGCUGAUAUCGUGCAAAAUAAUAUGGCUUAA